AUGGCCGGCCGAAAAUAUGCCUGGGUAUCACUCUGGUUGCGGCAUCUUCUUCUGCUUCGACGGCUUCUCACUCAUACCUCCCCCUUUCGCAGGUUCCUUCUCACAGCGCCUCUGAUGAUCUGGGAUGCCGGAUAUUGUUUAAUGCGACCACGGUCGAUGCCUGGUGGAGACCUGUACUGGUUUUGGAAGCCUUAUGAGCUCUACGGGAUGGUUGACUAUGUUCGCGGUCUGGGUUCAUCUUUGUGGUCUAUGCUCACUCGGAUUGUGCGACAGGUUUAUGGAGUAAAAGCCUACGAAAACGGAGAAGGGUUUGCCAGCGCUGCAGCGAUCCUCAAUCUUCUCGAAACAUUUGCCAACAUCGGGUACCUUGUGGGCACUCACGUAGUCCCUUUCGAUGCCGCACCGCUCGUCGGAUACACUGGCGCGACUGCUACGCUAGCCAAAACAGUGCUUUACAGCUCACAAGAGUACUUUUGCAACGGAUGUGCUGUCGGGCAUAACACCCCCUUCAAUCUUUUCGCAUUCUGGGUCUUCCCCAAUAUAGUCUGGAUGUUGUUUACCGCGGGAAUAAUGUUGAGACUUGGCUCUGACAUGAUGGGCGAUGUAAAGCGCGCUCGAGAAAUUGCUGGGCAGAGAAAAAAGACAUAG